AUGGAAAACUGUCACAGAGCUAGGGUUAGAGAGUACAAAAAAUCGUCGACUCCUCGUCUCCGGUGGACGCCUGACCUCCAUAAUCGGUUUGUCGAAGCUAUUCAGAAACUCGGCGGGAAACACAGAGCAACUCCAAAGAGAAUUAUGCAAGUGAUGGCUGUAAGAGGGCUCAAAAUUUCUCAUGUCAAGAGCCAUCUCCAGCUGUAUAGGAGCAUCAAGGAAUGUAUGCACUCAGAAGCGUUCCUCAUGAAGAAAAAUUCAGCCCGUUAUUUGCUUCCUCUAAAACAUGAGUAUUCAGAGGAAUAUUUAAGACGGCCUGGUGGAGAACAAGACGUUAAAACCACACUACUCAUCGACUCGCCGCAGGGACGAAGAAGGAAAACUUAUGACCAAAAUAUUGCACAUAACUUUUUCCACCAUAAAUCCCUGCUGCAGGGGCUGGUGCAGACGGAGGACAAAACCGGAAUUAGCACAAGCAGUAGUACUGGAAGUAAAGAAGAAAACGAAGGUGAAAAUAAUAAGGCAAAUAUUUCAAUAAACUGGUGGAGGAGUUUGGACAAUAUUCACAAGACAUCUGCAGGAUCAUCAAGCAGCUGUUCUUCUAUAAAUUUGGACCUAACUAUGUCCUGA